CCCGCCCAUCACACUCUCGUUUCCUUCUCCUUUCCUUUCCCUUCCCCUCCUCCCCACCUUAGCGUCUCCUCGCCGCUACCCUCCUAGGUCUCGGCGCCGCCGCCGACGCCGCCGAGGGUCUCCGGCGACCACGGACGCGGUUCGCUGUUACCCCUGACUGUCCGGCACGAAUUUGAAGUUGGAUAUAAGAAAUCAACCUAGCGUCUGUCUUGUUCUCUGUGUAGCGCUUUCCUUUGGAUUGCAGAGAAUUUUCAAACAAACCAACAACAACUUGCAUCUGACUGACUUGAGGUAACUAUGCCAAAGGACAGGAGCUCCCGUUCAGUCUCGCACGAGGGCUGCCGAUCUCGUGUCUCCCCAUACAAGUUGCGGAGUGGUUCUCGCAGGUCAGAGGAGGCUGCUGCCGCCGCCGCCGCUGCAGCAGCAAAGCAGGCUGCAGAAUGGGAGGAGGUUCGCUGUCCUGUGUGCAUGGAUCACCCUCAUAAUGCUGUUAUGCUUGUCUGCUCGUCACAUGAGAAAGGCUGCCGCCCUUUCAUUUGCGACACAAGCUACAGACACUCCAAUUGCCUUGAUCAGUACCGUAAAGCCUCCAAGGAGUCCUCUAAGGAUUCAGGGGCAGCAGAAUGUGCUGAGUGCCAGCAGCCAGUUAAACUCGCAUGUCCAUUAUGUCGUGGGCCGGUCAGCCAUUGGACCAAGGAUUAUGAUGCACGGAAGUUCAUGAAUUCUAAGGAUCGAGCAUGCACCAUGGAGUCAUGUGAGUUCAAGGGUGCAUACAACCAGUUGAGGAAGCACGCUAGGGAGGAUCAUCCUGCUGUCCGACCAAUGGAGGUGGACCCCAAUCGACAGCGAGACUGGCAUAGGAUGGAGCAGCAGCGUGAUCUUGGGGAUUUGUUCAGCAUGCUGCGUUCGGGGAUCAGUGGCAGAGAAGAUGGGGUUGGAGUCAGUGAAGGUGACGAGGGCGUCAGUGAGAGAUCCUUGCACGCCACGUCCAUAACGAUGGUCUUCAUUGUGCGGUCAGGCAGGUCCAUCCUACACUACACAGACGGGGAAAUCCCAGGUCGUCGAUCAAGGACAAUUCUUCUAGUUGGGGAGCCUCGUGGUGAAGCCUCCCGAGCAGGAGGAUCAAGCGGCAAUGGUGAUGCUGAGGCCACUACUACCGACAAUGAGGAAACUGACCUGGCAAUGUCAACACAGGCAUCUGCUGGUUCUCAGGAAGAUGCUGGAGAAGCCGAUGGCGAUCCUGUGCAGUGAUGCUGCCUAAGGUUAGCUCCCUUGCUCUCAUGGACUGAAAAGCCUAGCAGCAAGCCAUUUAUCGUGGUUUGCCGGGAGUCGGGUGCAUGUUGGGAAGAAACAUCCGUGCCAGCUUGUCUCAGGCGUAGUCAGGACAUUCUGCCUACAAGCAAGCAAGAAGAAAUCACGGAGGGAACGUGGUGGAGCUGAGUAGUGUCGUUUACAUCCUGCUGGAAUCUGUCGGCAAACAUAAACAUUUAAUGGUGGCGUUGUAUUAUUGGAACAUGUCCCAUGUUUGGUACUCCGGUGAGUCGUUUCCCUGCGUUGUAAUUCUCUCUAGCUCUUCUGCUGAAUUCCAUUUCGCUGCCUUGUAGUAAUUGCAUCUGAGUAGAUCCUUUCUGCAUUUGAAGAAUUUGUUGUAUAGCGUUCAGGUUUCUAGUUCCACUUAUGCCUGGAGGAACCUGAGAAAUCGGAAUAUGGUCGAUGACAGUGAAUGGAAUGCUCCUUCGUUCA